AUGAGUGUCACCUUUGAUAUUGCUAUUGAGAGAGAGAAGAUUGCAGAAGCUGCUGCGUAUCUGCAAGGCAGAUUCGAGUCGCACAAUGCGAGCGGUCACUCGCUGGCCCCACCCAAGACGUUGGUCAUUUGUGGAUCUGGUCUUGGUGGAAUUCGGAACAGACUAGAGCAAGAUCAUCCAGCUCCGCUGGAAAUCCCGUACGAGAGUAUCCCCGGGUUCAAGAGAAGCACAGUUCCUGGCCACUCCGGGCAUCUAAUCUUCGGUGAAAUGAAGGGCAGCUCCGUCGUGCUGAUGAACGGUCGGUUGCACGGUUACGAGGGUAACACGAUCUGGGAGACCGUGUUCCCGAUCCGCGUGAUCCACCAUAUGGGGUUCGUCAAGAAUCUGUUGGUCACAAACGCAGCAGGCGGGUUAAACCCUGCGUUCCAAGCUUGCGACCUGAUGUGCAUCUACGACCACAUCAAUUUUCCGGGUCUUGCAGGACUACAUCCCUUGAAGGGACCGAGCUUCGACGAGACUGGGCCCAGGUUUCUGCCCCUGAGCGACGCUUACGACUUGUCCCUGAGGAAGUUGCUCUUCCAGAAAUGGCAAGAGUUACAGCUACAGAGACCACUACAUGAGGGAACGUACACUUUUGUUUCGGGCCCGACAUUCGAGACGAGGGCAGAGUCCAGACUGAUCAGGGCUAUUGGUGGGGAUGCGGUCGGGAUGUCCACGGUCCCUGAAGUAAUCGUUGCAAGACACUGUGGAUGGAAAGUACUCGCAUUGAGCUUGAUUACGAACAACUGUGUUUUGGACCCGCCUGCAAGCGCUCUGGAAAACAACCCUGUGGCACUGGAGGAAGGGAUUGCCUCUCACGCGGAGGUUUUGGAGAACGGUAGAAUUGCGUCCAAGGAUGUGGAACGUUUGGUGGAGGCUGUUGUCGGAGAGCUGCGUUAA